CCGUCUGCAGCCGCAGCCCGGCGCCGAGCUCGAUGAAUCUGCGUUCUGUAUUUACUGUAGAACAACAAAGGAUAUUACAGCGUUAUUAUGAAAAUGGAAUGACAAAUCAAAGUAAAAAUUGCUUUCAGCUCAUAUUACAGUGUGCACAAGAAACUAAACUGGACUUCAGUGUAGUCAGGUUAUCACCGAAUGCUGAGGAGCAUGUGUUAUACCCUUUUGGGGAGUUACACCCACAGAUCAUUCAGACGUGGGUUGGCAAUAAAAGAAGGAAGAUGAGCAGCAAGAGUGCUGUAGAAUCUGGAGGCACUCCCCCAGGGACUGCCCCUACUACUCCCUCAGUACCUCCAGAAGCAGCAGUUAGAAAUGUGGUAAACAUUGCUCGAUCCCAAAGUCAGCAGUCUUCUUGGACCUCUUCUAAUAACGAUGUAAUAGUUACUGGUAUAUACAGUCCUGCUAGUUCAUCCAGUAGGCAAGGAUCCACCAAGCAGACAAAUGCUUCAGUGGCAGAAAUACACAAAACCUCUAUUCCAAGACUCUCGGGAAAAAAUGACACAGACUUUCAGCAGCAGCACAUCCCUAUAGGACGACAAGUACCACACUGUAAAAAUGCUUCCCUAUUAGUAGGGGAAAAGACUAUUAUUUUAUCUAGACAAACAAGCGUACUGAAUUCUGCGAACUCCAUAUAUAGCCACACAAAAAAAAGCUAUGGUGGCUCAUCAGUGCAGACCGCAGAGUUGGUGUUACCUCAGAAACCGAUGAUAUGCCACAGACCUUGUAAAGCCGAACCCGUGGGAUGUCAAAGGUUACAAAAACCGGAACAUGCAGCUCUUGCAUCGCAUGUGUCCCCCGGACAAAGGGCUAAUACUAGGGACCCUUCUUGUAGCACGCAAAACCUGGAAAUUCGUGAAGUGUUUUCUCUGGCGGUUACAGAUCAACCUCAAAGAAUUGUGGGAGGAAGCACGGCACAGAAGCACUGCUCGGGGGAAGGCAGCUGUCUGUCCAUUGCGAUGGAAACUGGAGAUGUGGAUGAUGAGUAUGCUAGAGAAGAAGAACUGGCAUCCAUGGGAGCACAAAUACAAAGCUAUUCAAGAUACUGUGAAAGUAGCAGCUCUGUUCGAGUAGAGAACCAAAGCGCGGCCUUGUCGGGGCCAGGAAGAAACGUGAGCUGUAGUUCUCAGCUGGUGAAUGCCAGGGACGUGCCUGACAGUGUUCUGUAUCAUAGCAGAGACUACCACUUGCCUGCACGGGCCUCAUUGCAUACAACAUCCAGUACAUUAUAUAGCAGUGCUAAUCCAUCAAGAAGUACUUUUUCUCCUCAUUUUACAUCUUCAAGUCAACUGAGGCUGUCACAAAACCAAAAUAAUUACCAGAUUUCAGGAAACCUUACUGUGCCUUGGAUUACAGGUUGUUCCAGAAAAAGAGCAUUACAGGACCGCACACAAUUUAGUGACCGAGACUUAGCUACCCUAAAGAAAUACUGGGAUAAUGGCAUGACCAGCCUGGGCUCAGUCUGCAGAGAGAAAAUUGAAGCUGUUGCUGCAGAGUUAAAUGUUGACUGUGAAAUAGUGCGGACGUGGAUUGGGAAUCGAAGACGGAAAUACCGUUUAAUGGGGAUUGAGGUCCCACCCCCUAGAGGAGGUCCUGCUGAUUUCUCUGAUCAAUCUGAAUUUGUUUCUAAAUCAGCACUUAAUCCAGGAGAGGAAACUGCUACUGAAGUGGGGGAUGAUAAUGAUAGGAAUGAUGAAGUAUCAAUCUGCUUAUCUGAAGGAAGCUCACAAGAAGAGACAAAUGAAGGUCUUCAAAAUGAAGAAAUUCAUCACAAAGAAGAUGAUCAGAAUCCCGUAUCUACUGAUAAUGUGAAAAUAGAAAUUAUAGAUGAUGAAGAAAGCGAUAUGAUAAGUAAUUCUGAAGUGGAUCAAAUGAGUUCUCUUCUGGAUUAUAAGAAUGAAGAAGUCAGAUUCAUUGAAAAUGAGUUGGAGAAUCACAAACAGAAGUAUUUUGAAUUACAGACGUUUACUCGGAGUUUGAUACUUGCUAUUAAAUCAGAUGAUAAAGAACAGCAGCAGGCACUGCUCUCAGACUUACCUCCUGAAUUAGAAGAAAUGGAUUUCAAUCACACGUCCCCAGAGCCUGAUGAUACCUCAUUCAGCUUGUCGUCUUUAUCGGAGAAAAAUGCCUCAGACAGUUUGUGAUUUUUUUUUUUCAAUUAUUUUUAACUGACAAAAAGAAACCCCGUGUAACGUGUAGGUUUCAAGAGAACAGCAUUUUGCUAUCCACUGUUCUUCAGUCCAAACCAGAAAGCCCAAGGUGCAGUAGACCUGCCUGAAGGAUGACUGUAGUAUGUAAUGGCUGCAGCUUGCAGUGUCAAGAAAUUUCAAGUGUUGUUUUUGCUAAACGAAAGAACCGUGUGAGGAAAUGUUUCACUUUUAGGAGUUUGGCCUUGAUUAGGAUAACUUCUGACUUUCCAGAAUAACACUUGCUCUGUAGCAAAGUCCUUUUGAGCAGGGAUCCAAGAAUGGCAAACAAGUAUCCUACUACCCAGACAAGUAAUUUUUCAGAGUUGCUUGCUCACCAGUCCCAGUUUUAUAUUUUUCUCCAUUUUUACUCAGGUAGGCGGACUAAAAAUUGGGAAUCCAAAUAAAAUAAUGAUUUUUUUUUGAGUUGUGCUUGAACCCUUUGAAAAGCUGAAAUUAAACUGAAGUGUUCUUCAUUACGUGACUUCAGAUUAUUGAAUCUUCUAUUUUCUGACCAAAAUAGCCAAAAACACUUUGAAAGCCUAACUGAAUAAUUUGAAUGAUCAUCAAUAAAUUAUUAAUGUACAGAAGCAGUCCAUACGUGUUGUAACAAAUUAGAUUGUGGGAAACCUGAGAGCUGUGGAAUGUGACUUUCUGAUAUCAUCACAAUAGCAAAAUAGUAUGUUUACAGUACUGCUUGGGGUUUAUGAAUGUAGUUACAGAUUUUCUUUGUCCAAGUCUGAAUGCUAAAGUUCAUUGUUUUUAAGUAUCGUUUACAUAUUUUUCAACAAACUUUACUCCCCUUUAUCAAGACACUGUCUUAAAUCCACGGCUGUCAUUGUGUCCCGAAAGGCAGUAUUUGGAACUGAGCAUUGCAGAUCUUCAUGUGACCUGUUUUAGAAGUGUCCCUGUCUGACGAAUUUUUUGGCAUGUGCUGUGUUACCGUUGCCAUUUCUAAAAUGUGAGCUUGAUUGCAGGCAGUGACUGAAAUGAAUUCUUCCCUUCCCAGCUGUCAUUCACAUUGAUUCUCUUCACUCAUCUGAAAGUGGAUGUGCAGACACAUUCAGAUAAACUUAGCAGGGCAUGUAGGUGCAUGCUCCUGAUAUUAAUGCUCUGUAAUUCCUAAUCUGAAUAUUCCUCAGCAAGCAUUUUUGCAACAUACCUUACAUCAAAUAAUAAUUGAGUCUGAUGAAUCUCUGUUCAUGCAGUACAGCAAGUAGUCCCAUUAAUUUCAGUGGUAGGUCCUAGGUGUAGCUCAGAAAAUUCAAGAGUGUUGGGUGGGUGGGAGUGGGGACAAAAACAUUUUUUUUAAUACUGGGAUUAACUCACCAACUUCAUUUUUUUCUCAGUCUGGUCUGCUCCUCCCUAAUUACUUCUGCAGCUUUGCUCUUCUUAGUAUCUGUAGUGAGCUCUGUUUUUUCUUUUCUUUUUUCUCUUUUUGUUUCCAUGUUGUCCUUGGGCAUGGGGAGUUUGUAACUGUCUUGUUAAAUGCCAGUUGCAUAAAGGAUAGUAGCAGUUUUAAAAGGUUUUUAGAGGGGAAAAAAAAAAAAAAAAAAAAAAAAAAAGGUUUCACAGUUCUGAUUACUCUACAGUUCAGUUAGUAUUUGGUCCUCAAAAGACCUCUUGCCAUCUGUUAUACAGAGUAACCCCA